AGCUCUGCGGAGGCGACGGCGAAUUCGGAUGAUACUACAUUGCGAAAACAUCAGCAUCUAUUCUUUGGUCCUCUGGCUCAACUGUGGUAAGAAUCGGCUGAUAGUGAAAUCAAAGUUAGCUGGAAGGCGUGGCUCAGUACAAACACUUGCAGCAGCAAUUAGAGGAGACAUGGGAAGCGACAGCGUCGACAGGAUUCUCGUCUCCUUCUAGAUUUUAUACGCCCGUUCUGAUAUCUACUCCUCCUCUGUUCUUUUUACAACCACGAUUUCUCCGCUGUCCACUCAGUUUCUCAUUCUGCAGUGUCUCUAGUCGCCGACGGAUGGCAAUAUGCCGCCCUUAUCGUCUCAAUCGUCCUUGUCGUCCUCACCAAGCCUCAAGCGAAAACAACAAUCCAUUUCGAGCUUCUUCACCAAGAAGACACCUGUGACGGAAAAUGGAGCCUCCAAAAGCUGUGCUGAGGAGCGGAGCGCUCAACCAGAGAAAAAGAAGGUCGCUGCAGGAAAAGAGAAUGAUAAGGAUGAAGCUAGGACAUAUGAGCCGGAGGAAGAAAAUGACGAUGAGGAUAUCGUACCACCUGCUCCGAAGAGACCAAAAGUGAACGACUCGCUGAAAGAGUCGGCUGGAGAACCGGAGAAGGCUAGCCAGUCUUUCCCUUCUAGCAGUGCUGGACGGACGGAGCGUUUCCGGUUUGGAAGUUCUCAGGUCUCGGAGACGGGAGUGGAUAGUCAAUCAAAUGAGGAUUCGCGUGAGACUGAUAAAGUCCGCAGAGAGAAGGACAAGCUACACCAGAAAUUCGUGAAGAGGCUCGGAGGCGCAGAUUGUCUUAUAGGCAUCGGGAGACCAACAGCUAUGGAAGAAGAGAGUGCUGCAGCUGAAGCUCAGGAUGGAGGCGAUGAGGAUGAGGAGCCUGCACCCCCGCCUACGAAAGGAAGGGGUGGAGCUUCGAAGAAGGGUGGUAGCAAGCUUACGCCUAUGGAGAAGCAGGUCAUUGAGAUCAAGCGUAAACACAUGGACACAAUCCUGGUGGUGGAGGUCGGGUACAAAUUCAGAUUCUUUGGUGAAGAUGCCAGAGUGGCUGCGAAGGAGUUGAGUAUCGUGUGCAUUCCGGGAAAGAUGAGGUUUGAUGAACACCCUUCUGAGGCACACCUGGACCGCUUUGCCUCGGCGAGUAUACCCGUGCACCGACUGCAUGUCCAUGUAAAACGUUUGGUCGCUGCUGGACAUAAGGUUGGAGUGGUGAGGCAGAUCGAAACAGCUGCCCUGAAAGCCGCAGGCGACAACCGCAACGCCCCAUUUGUUCGCAAGCUCACGAAUCUCUACACAAAGGGAACCUAUAUCGAUGAUGUAGAAGGAUUGGGCGAGCCUACUGCCGCUGCAUCCGGUGGUGCAUCCCCUGCUACUGGAUACUUGCUCUGCAUAACGGAGACAAAUACCAAAGCCCUGGGUACAGAUGAGAAGGUUCAUGUCGGCAUUAUCGCUGUCCAACCUGCUACGGGCGAUAUCAUAUAUGACGACUUCGAGGACGGAUUUAUGAGAAGCGAAAUCGAGACGCGUUUGUUGCAUAUCGCUCCUUGUGAAUUCCUCAUUGUUGGUGAGCUCUCAAAAGCUACAGAGAAGCUUGUGCGGCAUCUUUCUGGAAGCAAAACGAAUGUUUUUGGGGACAAGAUCCGGGUGGAAAGAGUUGCACGAUCAAAAACCACAGCUGCAGAGUCCCAUAGUCACGUUUCAAGCUUCUAUGCAACUAAGAUGAAGGCCCCCGGCACCGCCAAUGAUACCCAUGCCAGCAAUCUCCUCCAGAAAGUGUUGAAUCUUCCAGAACAAGUCACUAUAUGUCUAUCUGCGAUGAUCAAACACAUGUCUGAGUACGGUCUCGAGCAUGUCUUCGACCUGACCAAGUAUUUCCAGUCAUUCUCUGCAAGAUCCCACAUGCUUCUCAAUGGCAACACGUUGAUGAGUCUCGAGAUCUACCAGAACCAAACAGACAAUUCUACCAAAGGCAGUCUAUUCUGGACGCUGGAUCGAACGCGUACUCGCUUCGGACAGAGACUACUUCGCAAAUGGGUUGGCCGGCCCUUGCUUGAUAAAGCCAAGUUGGAAGAGCGAGUUAGCGCAGUUGAGGAGCUGAAAAGUCCGGAGCGGACCGUCCACGUCGAACGCUUGAAAGCUCUACUGGGUAAGGUGAAAAGUGACUUGGAAAAGAGUCUUAUCAGGAUAUACUACGGAAAGUGCACCCGCCCCGAGCUUCUCACUGUCCUCCAAACAAUGCAGAUGAUCGCGAAUGAGUUCUCUGAUGUCAAGACACCUGCGGAUUCUGGGUUCAGCUGCACUGCGAUCAGUGAGGCCAUUGCUUAUCUCCCUAUCAUUCUAGACGACGUGGUCAGCUUCUUGGAUAAAAUCAACAUGCACGCCGCAAAGAACGAUGACAAAUACUCUUUCUUCAGGGAAUCUCACGAGACCGAAGAUAUCACUGAGCAAAAGCUCGGUAUCGCAAGUAUCGAGCAUGAGUUACAAGAGCACCUCUCGGUAGCAGCUGAGACCCUUGGAAAGAAGAAAGUCGACUACGUCACUGUUGCUGGUAUCGAAUAUCUCAUUGAGGUCGAUAAUAACUCCCCAUCUAUGAAACGUGUCCCUGCCUCCUGGGCCAAAAUCAGCGGCACGAAGAAGCUUUCGCGCUUCCAUACGCCGGACGUUAUCAAGAUGAUCCGUCAGCGGGAUCAGCACAAAGAGGCACUGGCUGCUGCUUGUGAUAAGGCGUUCAUGGCGUUUCUCGCGGAAAUAUCGGCCAAUUAUCAGUCUUUUCGAGACUGCAUUCAAUCACUGGCAACGCUGGAUUGCUUGCUUUCUCUGGCAGCCAUUGCCAGCCAGCCGGGCUACGUCAAGCCCCAAUACACAGAAGAAACGCGCAUCUCUAUAGAGAAAGGUCGUCACCCAAUGGUCGAGCAGCUCCUUCUCGACAGCUAUGUCCCAAAUGAUACUAACCUUAGCACCGAUGAGACGCGCGCUCUUCUCGUCACAGGCCCUAAUAUGGGCGGAAAGUCGAGUUAUGUCCGACAGGUCGCUCUCAUUGCAAUCAUGGCCCAGAUAGGUUCUUAUGUGCCGGCGGAAUCUGCGACUCUUGGCAUGCUUGAUGCCGUUUUCACACGUAUGGGCGCAUUUGAUAAUAUGAUGGCUGGUGAAUCGACCUUUAUGGUCGAGCUGUCAGAGACAGCAGACAUACUUAAACAAGCUACUCCCCGUUCGCUAGUCAUCCUUGAUGAACUUGGCCGCGGAACAUCCACCCACGACGGAGUGGCCAUCGCACAAGCCGUCCUGGACUACAUGCUCCGCUCAACUCGCAGUCUUACCCUCUUCAUCACGCACUAUCAGCAUCUCUCCAGCAUGGCCCAGUCUUUCCCAGACCAUCAACUACGUAAUGUGCACAUGCGCUUCACCGAGUCCGGAUCCGGGACCGACGAAGAGAUCACAUUUCUCUACGAGGUAGGCGAGGGUGUCGCGCAUCGUAGUUACGGAUUGAACGUCGCACGUCUAGCGAACCUGCCUCAUUCCGUCCUGGAAGUGGCCAAGCAAAAGAGUGCAGAAUUGGAAGAGACGAUUCGUCGCAAGAGACUCGGAGCUCUCGUAAAGACGGUGCAUGAUAUCGUGGACGAUGGCCCCAAAGAUACGAACGUACUUAUUGACAAGCUGAUGAUGGGAGCGGAUGCAUUGUAAUAGAUGAAGCGGCUGCCUCGUUACUGGUCUUCCAGUAAGAACCGUGUGCAAAUGGCGAUAUUUAUUUCGGCUGUUGGUAAUGUAAAAGUAAAAUAGAGCAGGAUACCCCUUUGUACAAUACUAUGUGUGUAGUUGGUCACUUA